AUGUCUACAGGUCUUAAUCCAACGGUGGUGAUCCAAUUUGAUUGUAAAAGUCUCAUCGUCUCUCAACCACCAGAUUAUUUCUCUCUUCUCCGUCAAACCGUUCUCUACGAAAUCACCGAAAUCAAACCAUUCUCUACACUGGCAAACCGUUCUCCAUUCGAUCCUCGAUCCGCCUCCAUUGCCAUCGGGAUCUCUUCUCGGCGGAUGUUGGUGGAUGGUUGCAGAGCACAGUUAGUUGAAUGGCCAUUUAGAGCGCCGGUGGUUCGUCGGGGAGAGGCUCUGAGACGGAGGAGAUUGGAGAUCCAGUUUGAUUGGGGUGCGAAACAACCGCGGCGUUUAUAUGACUCGUCGUGA